CAGGCCGUAACUGCGCGUAGAGAAACAUACCGCCUGUGGGCUAUCCUACCCGCCACUCCGUCUGACACGCGCCAAGUUCAGCAUCCCGCGGAUACAGUGCUCGAGCCUUCCGAGGAUCCACAGUGGUGCAAGUGGACGCGAAACAUUUACGUCACAGUUUCCCAACAAGUGAUCUGAACAUUAUUCCAUUACAUAAGCAUGACACCGGUAAAGAAAACGUUAAAAAGACCAGACAUUAGUAAGAAAUAGAAUAAAAUAUAACGAAAUAAAUUAUUGAAGGUUGUGUACAAAUGUGUGUGUAUACCAUUGACGCCUUUCAUUGACUACAAAUGGUGAGUUGCAGAAAAGGAAAAUAAAAAAAUAGUCCUAGUUAAGAAAACAAGGUCAAUGAGAGCACCUGUCCUCUAUAGUAUCCCAUAAUUACACGGGCUACUGCAAGACAGCAGAAAGAGCAGAAUUCAACAUUAACUUCACACAAAGAAUCUGCCAGUUUUCUUGAUUAUAACUCCGAGAAUCUAUGCCAGCUGCUUCAAAUGUCUUCUGCUACAACUCAGCAAGCUUGUGGUGUGUUUCUCAGAUGCAGAAAAGUGACCAGUACCUAAUUCUGAAAAGUUUUCUUUUUUUUAUAAAUUACCAAACUCAGAACAAAAAAUACAGCAGUACAAAGAAAUUCAGUAACUGAAUGUAAGUAUAGUGUGAAUUUAUAGUGACUGCAAAUUAAGUCUUAAUUACUGGUAUAUUUAUGUAUUCAUCGUGACCUGAAGGUUUAAUGAAGUGAUUUAAAGAAAUUAUCACAACCGUUUUCUUCUGAAAGAAAAGCGAUGUUCCUAAUAUGUACUUUAAUACAUUUAAGAACUCUGAAACGUCUAUGAACUAAUUAUUAUAAAUUUGGAGGACUAAAUAUUCAAAAUAUUUACACAAGAGAGUGCAAAAUCAAGCUGAAGAUAACUGAAUAGCAGAUCCAUUACAGUGUUCUAAAGAAUCAUGUUUUGAGCGGCGGAGUUUGUGGACAAAUGUAGAACAAACCUCUUCUACACAUAUGAAAGUUUCUUUUGAAAAUACGCAGAAAACAGUUAUAUUACACUGAGUAAUUUGAGUGUCGUUUGUGACUUGAAGUCUGGUGCUUUCCAAAUAAUUCAAAACUCAUCGACGCUUUGAAGGCUUCAUGAAAUGCUUCGAAGGCGAUAUCACAAGAACAUCAAGAACUUUUUUGUUGUUUCUGAAUAUCUUAAUAGUGGUGCUGUACAAGUAUUCUAAUUUACGAACAAUUUAGACUUUACAGCUGUCACAAAAUGAGUCAAGAAUCAUACCGGAGAAGCACUGGGGAUAUUCGCCGUUUCUGAGACCCACUAGCGGAGCAGAAGUGAUUUGAGUGUCAUCAGGUGUCCGCGUGGCUUGGAGCGAAACCCGCCCAAUGCAUUUGCCGGGCCUCUUGGCGCAGGUGUCAACUGCAACUUGCGCAGAAGAGGACGACGGUUUCUUAAGUUGCAAGAAACGAUUUCGGACCAUGGCAGAGAGUGUCCCCGACGCUAACAGCGAUUCCGGGGGUGGUUGUAGUGGUGGGGGUGGAAACCCCGUAGGGGGUGCUGAAGAACUCUGGUGGACCGAACGCGUCCUCCGGGAAGUCCAAGCAGAACACCCAGGAGAACUUGUCAGAACUGGAAGUCCCUACUUCCUGUGUUCGUCCUUACCAAACCACUGGAGAUCCAACAAGACUCUUCCCGUCGCAUUCAAAGUGGUGGCUCUGGGGGACGUGCUGGACGGCACCCUGGUCACUGUACGGGCCGGCAACGACGAGAACUACUGCGCCGAGCUUCGCAACUGCACGGCGGUCAUGAAGAACCAGGUGGCCAAGUUUAAUGACCUCAGGUUCGUCGGUAGAAGUGGCAGAGGAAAGAGCUUCAGCAUCACCAUCACCGUGAAUACGUCUCCCCCUCAAAUCGCCACGUACAAUAAGGCCAUAAAAGUGACCGUGGAUGGGCCCCGUGAACCGCGCUCCAAGACCCCAGGCCAGCAACAACAGUUCCGUGCGCUUGCCCUUGGCCAACGUCCGUUCUUAGAUUCACCCUUCACGAACCAUCUCCGGGAGCUCGAGUCCUACCACCAUCACCACCACAGACGCAAGAGCGAAACGGCAUCUGGUGGCGGCUUCAAGGUGCCAGGCGCCGCUACUACCCCCGUCCAAGAUUCAAGCGCUGGGGGCAGUUUGGGAGCGGGGUGCUCGGAUCCUCCUUGGGGAGGUUACACUUCUGCCGGACCAUCGCCCUACCCUCCAUAUUCACCCCUGCAACCGACGUUCUCUUAUUCCUGCAGCAGUGAUCUACCGGGACCGGUCGCUGUCCCGCCUUCAACAUUAGACCCCACUUCAAUGGGACAUCUGCCCACCGUGUUAUCGGAGCAUUCGAGUGGAGGUAUUGGCGGCAGCGGGGGUGGUGGAGGCGGCAGCGACUACAGCGCCAUGUUCUCGACGCCACCGCCGCCGCCACACAAAGUAUCGCCCCCCGGACCAGGAGACCUGGACAAUAUGUCGUGUAGUAGUAGCAGUCUGUUGGGGGCUAGCGGGGGCCCAGCGGCUGGACAUCGAUAUCCGGCGGGGCCCGACGCUACAAAUCCUGCCCCAAAUGUAUAUAACACCACGCCCACAGCGCCGGGACUCAAUUGCGGCGGAACAUCGUACCACCAUCCUUCAGCUGGUUCAUGGAGCAGUCACCAGGCGCCAGCAGCAUCUGUCACUAACUUUCAUCACCCACAUCAUCCCCACCACCCCAACAACUACCCCAACUAUUAUACCAGUACUACUAGUAACCCCAGCGGGGGAUCAAACCCAGGUCCUCCGGCCCCUCAAGCCGCCGCUCCGUACAUUAGCAACCCCGCCGGACCGCCUACGAUGGUGUUCUAUCCACAUCUCUACUCAACUGUCAACCAGAAUCAAAUCCACCUCCAUCUUCACAGCAAUUCAUCUCCUAACGACCUGCACGGGAGUUCAAAGACGGGCUCGUCACUGGGAGACUCGCUACAGUGUUACCAGCACCAGGAUGACGACACGGCAAAUAUAGUGGCCGCAGCGACUGGUGUUGGUGGUAACGUCACCAUAAGUUCGGCUGCGUCUCGGGGUGCAAUAGAGAUCGGAAUACUCCACCAGGGGUCUGGAGGCAGCACCGCGACGCAGGAAGACGACCAUGGACUCUCUAGGUACCCGAGCGGUGGUGCAGGGAGCAGUGAUCGGCAACAGACAGACCCGUCAGUUUGGCGUCCCUACUGAUCACGACGGCUUCAGAACGCGACUCAAAGUUCCUGACAACAUUGUGUAGCAGUUUGCAGUAACACGCGAUGGCCUCAGCCACGUACAAGGCUGCAGUAUGCAGCAGGCCUAGCCCACCUGUGUUAAACAAGGCGAGGAGCCGGUCUCUUGGAUAUCGGAAAAUAUUGGUUUGUUCAGCCAUCACGUAACUAACUCGAUGAAGCAGCGAGCUCAACUAGUCGGUCGGUCGAGUAAAUUGCUGCUGGUCCUCGCCAGUGAAGACAUGAUUCUGGAUUCCAAGUCCGCGGGACUCAUGACCAUAUUUUGCUGUCUAACGACUCUGAAAUUGGUGCAAUCUCAGCAUUUAACUAGCCAAAAAAAUUUCACCAACUUUUUGGAAUUUUCAGGAUAUUAUAACAUAAAAUACUUUCACAUAUUUUUAUAAAAUUGUCAAAGUCCGCAAGUCCCACGCUCUUCUCGCAAACUUCGCGUCUUUGAAAAAGUUUUUAUGGUAAAGCUGUCCCUCUUGGGGACACAACCACAGGCAAAUUGUCAAUUUUGUCUUUAAGUGCAUGGGUUCGAGUCCAGUUCAACUUAGUUCCCCAUUAUUUCCUCCGUAAGGAAGGCACUGAGAUCGUGACAACAAUGGAAUCAUAGCGACAGGUUAGUUAAAAAGUAGGAUCAUCACAACAAUGAGGUUGUGACAACAAUUGGAUCAUGGCGACAACUUGAUCGUCACAAUUGCAUCAUAACAAUCGGAUCACUCACUCACUCAUGGAGAUGAGCCCUUCUUGAAAAGCCGCCAGUUGUGCAGCUACUCAAGAACUUCC